GGACUUCCUGCUCAGUGCUAACUAGGCUGGAACCAGGUCGGGGACACUGUAGGGAUCAGAGGCCCAGGCAGAGCCACAGGCAAGACCAAAGGUCCCUGGGGACAGCAACCUCAGCACCAGUAUGUCUGCAGAAGCCCAGGACACAGACAACAGCAUAGAGAACAAAGCACGGAAGCUCUUCAAAAAGCACAAGGUGGCGAUUUCACAUAAGAUAAAAGAUUCAUUUCCUUUCUUUGAACUUCUCCAUGACCAUGACUUCAUCACCAGUGAAAUGUAUGAUGUGUCUAAAGAAACUUUUAAAAAAGGUCAAAACAUUGAAGAAGUCGUAUACGAUGUCCUCACUGAAGUGCAGAGGAAAUUUGAACCAUCCCUUCUGAAAAUAUUGUUCGACGAGUUCACCUUGAAAAGAAACCCUGAUUUAAAGCAUAUUUAUGAAAUCUUCAAAAAUGAGAUACCAGACAAGAAACUUUUUCCAGAAAAUCAUGCACAAGAAAGUGAGGAGAGGCCUGAUACCCAAUCCAGAUUUGAACCAGGGCCUGCUCCACAUGAUAAAGAACUCUCAGAGAAACUGUCUGAAAUAGAAGAGAUAAUUGCAAUGGAAACAGGUACAACCAGUAACAACAACGAUGAACUAGAAAGCCAACAAGCGAAUGAACAAUGUGCCCAGCAGUGUGAUCGAGCAGGAGCAGAGCUACACAACCAUGGAAUCCCAGUGAAUUCCUGCCCUAUAGUGCCAGUGGACAUAAUGAAGGAAAAGCCAUUUUUUAAUUCAGGAGGUGAAUGGGAAGCCCAAGGAAGGAGUGACUGUAACCAGGCAUCUGACAUAAUAGAGAUCAGCAGCGUGGACUCCCCGGAACACAGAAGCAGAGAAGAGCCCCCAGAAGCUUCCACCUCGGCACUGAAAAGGAAAGCGGGUGCUGUCGAUUCUGAAACCAGCUCUACUUCAGAAAAGACCAAGAGGAAAAGAAAGUCAGGAAAGCACAAAGAAGAUAAUGUGGAUAUGGAGGCUGAAACACUUCCUGUGAUAUGUGGGGACAUAAGGGGGCUGUUAAUUAAGAGGAAAUUUGAACAAGGAGCCACAAGGAAGUGCAUAAGAACUGCAGAUGGAAACUGGCUCACCCCCAGGGAAUUUGAAGUCAGAGGAGGCUACGAAAAAGCAAGUAACUGGAAGACCAGCCUGACCUGUGGUGGAAAAACCCUAAAACGGCUAAUGGAGGAAGACAAAGUACCUACACCUCCAACAACAUGUGGCAGGAGCAAAAAGGGGGGAAGCUCAGACAAAUGCGAGAUCUGCCAGGAUGGAGCAAAGCUCUUCCGCUGUGAAAAAUGUCGGCGCUUCUUUCAUGAGAACUGUCACCUCCCCCCUGUGGACACUAAGAGGAACGGUUGGCGUUGUACCUCCUGUACAAUAGACGAUCUACCAAAAAGCCAGCAGCAUUACAGGGAAUCUGAGGUCCUGGAGAGACAGAUGGAGCCUGAGGAGAAGUUGAAAUGUGCAUUCCUCCUCUUAAAGUUAUAUGGCCCUUUAGAGAAUGGCAUUUUCCUGAAAAUUCCUGAAAAUGAAAAUUAUGUUGAAAAGGCUUCUCAAUGCCUAGAGAGACUUAGGAUGCUGGACAAAAUCAAGAAGAGUCUAAAUGAGGGAGGCUACACCACAGUGAAAGAUUUUGUGCAGGCCAUGCACACCCUCUUCCAAGACCCCAAGUGCAACAACUCAGAUCUAACAGAGGAAGAAUUUAAGAAGAAUUUCAAAGAGGUCUUCACUAUUCAGGAAACUAAUUAGAACAGUUCACUGGUGCAGUGGGUGCUGUUGGGACCCUGAAAAGUCCCACUUUCAGGCAGAUUUCUUAUCCCCCUGCUGCUAUGAGGGUUGGCUGCCAAUGCCACCUCUCCCCAGGGUAUUGCCUUGGGCAAAUGGAGCCAUAGUCACCUGAACAUUACACCUCUUUGGCCUGGGGGUUGGUCCCCAUCCCCCAGGUUGAACCAACCAUGUACAGUGAUUGUGUUUCCACGCCCCCAGGGACUCAAGCUAGAGCUAUUGUCCAGCUGUGAGCAUGUCCUUGCUUAGCUUCCCCCUCCAUGGUAUCCCGCUUCCCUUACCCUCCUCCUUCUGAGAGCAUUCUCAAAAUAAAUCACUUAUUUAAGAGACUUUAUCUCAGACUUUGCUUUUAGGGAACCCACCUUAACACAAUGGUCUUAGCAAGCCAGCCCUAGGCAUGGAGUUCUGAGCUGGAUCGCUGCCUAGCCAGAUGAUUAAAGGCAAAAUAUUGAUAGUACCUGGGGUGGGUGCUCAAGCAGUGCAGCUGCAAAAACAUUCACCCGCAGGACAUGGAAGGAGGUGUGGGGGAGGAGAUAUACUGAUGCAAUUGUCUAGCAUUAACAAAUGAAGGCAUGGUAUCUAUAAGAACUCUAUAAUUUGGUGGCUAUUUCUAAGCACCACUAAUGUAUUAAAAAAUUGAGUACAUGACAGGCAUUACGUGUAUUAAUUACCACCUGCACCUGGAAGGCAACAGUAAGGAAAGCCU